GGCGGUAAUAUAAUUUUCAAAUCUUCUGUAAGUUCUGUAACUACCUACUAAACGUAAGAAACAAAUAAAGUGUACAGUUACCAUAAAGUUAUUGUGAUUUAUUAUUUAGUGUUAUUUCGAAAUGGAUGCAAAAUAUGAAAAAACGAAGACUCGGCUAGUAGCUAUAUAUAAAUUAGAGUUUUAUAAAAACAAAAAGAAUUGGAAGCUGUUCGAGAAGACAGUGAAAGAACCAGACUUGCGACCGCAGACACCAAAUAAUAAAUUAUGUGAUUGCAGCAACCUGAACCGGACUUACAGUGUGGAGGAUGUGCAUGCUGAACCGGAAUGUGAUACGGAGCAGUCACCGCUCAACAAGGCUUUUCUACAUGACGAACCUGGGGGGACAGAAGAUGAGGAAGCUCCAGACUUGCUCCCAGCUGAGUUCGACCUGCCAGAGCCAGCCACACAGUGCCUGUUCCAGCACCAGUGGGGGGACCGCGAGGGCAUGUGGGGGGAUAUACAACAGCAGGAGUGGUGCGGUGCCCAGGCGGAGGGUAUGCCGGAGGAGCUCGCGUACGAUCACUGCGACGGACCUUACCAUCGCGACCUCUGGCCACCAGUCCGCGAGGUGUCCCCCGGCGCGGUCCCCGGCGGGCUGCCGAGCGCGGAGCUACUGCGCGCCGCGGACUGCUGUCUGCACGACACCUACUGCACGCUCAGCGAACUACAUGACUCGUUGGAUGAGAGUGCAGAGUUCAUUCGCGGUGCUCACGCCGCGCCGCACUCCUCUGAGCUAGAACUGACGGACUGCAGUCAUGAGUGUGCGUGUGUGCGGGAGUUGUGCUGGCGUCUAUCGAGCGUGCAGCUGCAGCGCGCGCUGCGCUCACACCGCGCCGCGCUGGCCGCGCUGCUGCACGAGGCGGCCCGCCGGGGGACGCAGGUAGGGCCCGUUGUCACAGAGUUGUGCUGGCGCCUGUCGAGCGUGCAGCUGCAGCGCGCGCUGCGCUCACACCGCGCCGCGCUGGCCGCGCUGCUGCACGAGGCGGCCCGCCGGGGGACGCAGGUAGGGCCCGUUGUCACAGAGUUGUGCUGGCGCCUGUCGAGCGUGCAGCUGCAGCGCGCGCUGCGCUCACACCGCGCCGCGCUGGCCGCGCUGCUGCACGAGGCGGCCCGCCGGGGGACGCAGGUAGGGCCCGUUGUCACAGAGUUGUGCUGGCGCCUGUCGAGCGUGCAGCUGCAGCGCUCACACCGCGCCGCGCUGGCCGCGCUGCUGCACGAGGCGGCCCGCCGGGGGACGCAGGUAGGGCCCGUUGUCACAGAGUUGUGCUGGCGCCUGUCGAGCGUGCAGCUGCAGCGCGCGCUGCGCUCACACCGCGCCGCGCUGGCCGCGCUGCUGCACGAGGCGGCCCGCCGGGGGACGCAGGUAGGGCCCGUUGUCACAGAGUUGUGCUGGCGCCUGUCGAGCGUGCAGCUGCAGCGCGCGCUGCGCUCACACCGCGCCGCGCUGGCCGCGCUGCUGCACGAGGCGGCCCGCCGGGGGACGCAGGUAGGGCCCGUUGUCACAGAGUUGUGCUGGCGCCUGUCGAGCGUGCAGCUGCAGCGCGCGCUGCGCUCACACCGCGCCGCGCUGGCCGCGCUGCUGCACGAGGCGGCCCGCCGGGGGACGCAGGUAGGGCCCGUUGUCACAGAGUUGUGCUGGCGCCUGUCGAGCGUGCAGCUGCAGCGCUCACACCGCCGCGCCGCGCUGGCCGCGCUGCUGCACGAGGCGGCCCGCCGGGGGACGCAGGUAGGGCCCGUUGUCACAGAGUUGUGCUGGCGCCUGUCGAGCGUGCAGCUGCAGCGCUCACACCGCGCCGCGCUGGCCGCGCUGCUGCACGAGGCGGCCCGCCGGGGGACGCAGGUAGGGCCCGUUGUCACAGAGUUGUGCUGGCGCCUGUCGAGCGUGCAGCUGCAGCGCGCGCUGCGCUCACACCGCGCCGCGCUGGCCGCGCUGCUGCACGAGGCGGCCCGCCGGGGGACGCAGGUAGGGCCCGUUGUCACAGAGUUGUGCUGGCGCCUGUCGAGCGUGCAGCUGCAGCGCUCACACCGCGCCGCGCUGGCCGCGCUGCUGGACGAGGCGGCCCGCCGGGGGACGCAGGUAGGGCCCGUUGUCACAGAGUUGUGCUGGCGCCUGUCGAGCGUGCAGCUGCAGCGCGCGCUGCGCUCACACCGCGCCGCGCUGGCCGCGCUGCUGCACGAGGCGGCCCGCCGGGGGACGCAGGUAGGGCCCGUUGUCACAGAGUUGUGCUGGCGCCUGUCGAGCGUGCAGCUGCAGCGCGCGCUGCGCUCACACCGCGCCGCGCUGGCCGCGCUGCUGCACGAGGCGGCCCGCCGGGGGACGCAGGUAGGGCCCGUUGUCACAGAGUUGUGCUGGCGCCUGUCGAGCGUGCAGCUGCAGCGCUCACACCGCGCCGCGCUGGCCGCGCUGCUGCACGAGGCGGCCCGCCGGGGGACGCAGGUAGGGCCCGUUGUCACAGGGUUGUGCUGGCGCCUGUCGAGCGUGCAGCUGCAGCGCUCACACCGCGCCGCGCUGGCCGCGCUGCUGCACGAGGCGGCCCGCCGGGGGACGCAGGUAGGGCCCGUUGUCACAGAGUUGUGCUGGCGCCUGUCGAGCGUGCAGCUGCAGCGCGCGCUGCGCUUACACCGCGCCGCGCUGGCCGCGCUGCUGCACGAGGCGGCCCGCCGGGGGACGCAGUAG